GGGACCCGCUCUGCCCUGCCAGAGGCAGACAUGGUAUCCCUGCUGCUGCUGCCCCUGCUGUGGGGAGGGUCCCUGCAGCAGCAGCCUGGCUAUGAGCUCCAAGUGCAGGAAUCGGUGACCAUGCAGGAGGGUCUGUGCUUCCACGUGCCCUGCUCCUUCUCCUACCCCUCAUCUUUAUGGACUUCCUCUAGUGUGGUCUUCCUCUACUUGUACCGGGACGGGGACAACACAGACUAUGAUGCUGCUGUGACCUCAAACAACCCAAAUAAAGGAAAAAAGAGUGAGACCCUCGGCCGAUUUCAUCUGACAAGAUCCUGGAAAAAUGACUGUUCCCUGCAAAUCAGAGAUGCCAGGAGGAGUGACGCAGGACGCUACUUCUUCCAAGUGGAGAUAAGAAAUCCUGGAUAUAAUUACGGAGUAUAUUACUUCCAAGGAUAUAGUUACCAAGAUAAGAUGAUGGAUUUUCAGGUGACAGCCCUGAUAGAGAAACCCCACAUCCGGAUGAGGGAGCCGUUGGAGUCCAGCCGCCUCUCACAGCUGGCCUGCAGCCUGCCAGGGGCCUGCGAAGGGGGACGACCUCUCACCUUCUCCUGGGAGGGAGCCGCUGUGGACUCACUGAACCUCCAGACCCUCCGCUCCUCAGUGCUCACCUUCACCCCGAGGCCCCGGGACCAUGGCACCAACCUCACCUGGCAGGUGAAACGGGAAGGAUCUUCGGUGGCCACACAGAGAACCAUCCAGCUCAAUGUCUCCUAUGCCCCAGGGAACCUCACCAUAGGCGUCUCCUUCAGAAAUGACACAG